AUCAAAUAAAACUCUGUGGAAACAAACAAAAUGAGACGUACUGUUCUAGCAAAUUUUUGGUUCUAGACUCUAGAUAAUUUACUUCACGCCAAUUGUUUUGAAUUGUAACAUAGUCUCUGUGCCUGAAAUAUAAGUGAUAUUUAAUUAUAUAAAUGGAGUCUCGACAAAAUUAGUUUAGAGCGAGGUACUGCAGAAUGGGGCCACCGCCUGUAGUGACUGGCAUAUCGCCCAAGGAAGGGCCUCCAGGCACCAAGGUUACGGUUCGGGGGGAGUUCUUGGGAACUGGGCCUAUGGAUCUGACAGGACUGACAAUUUGCGGAUGUGACUGCCUGCUCUCCGCGGAAUGGAAGUCCAAAAACAAGAUAAUCGCUCGCUCUGGCCCAGGGAAAGGGCGUGGAGACAUCAUCGUCACCACACGCUCAGGGGGGAAAGGCACAUCCACUGUGCAGUUUAGAGGCUACCAUGAAACCAUCGGUCCCAUGAAGGAAAGCGCGGUGUGGGUGGAAGAGGCUCCCCUGCAGACUCUGGCGUGGGGUCGUCGCUCGCUGUCCCCCACCAGCUACCAGCAGGAAGACCCCCUGGGGCUGUCUGUCGAGGGCAAUGACAAGAAGUUCCCGGAGGAAGAACUGCACGAGCUGUUCCCCGAGGGCUCCGGGGACCUCACGUCGGAGCAGUUCGUCGCGGGCUGGUUCCUGCUGGAGCACCACCACGCCACCUCGUUCGACGACCUCAAGGCAGGGCUGGCGUUCCUCCGGCGCAAGGUCGAGUCCCAGAAGGAGGGUCAGCUCUCGUUCCUGAAGGCCAAUGUUGGAUCUGUGAUGGACCAGUUGGAUACAUUAACUAUUCUUAAAGAAAAAUUUGAGGCUGACAUCAAAGAAUAUGGUUCAGAUCCAACAGCAAAAGUAGAAGAGGCUAUACAAGUGUCUAUGAAGGAAGCCAACAAGCUGUUUGAGGAGGUGCUGGCCAGGAGGGACCGUGCAGACGCAACCCGCAACGCUCUGGGCGUGCUGCAGCGCUUCAAGUUCCUCUUCAGUUUGCCCGUCAGCAUCGAGCGCAACAUCAAGAAGGGCGAGUACGAUGUCGUCAUCAAUGACUUCGCCCGAGCCAAGAACCUGUUUGGGAGUUCAGAUGUGCCGGUGUUUAAGAAGGUGCUGGCGGAAGCUGAACUGCGUGUAGCCAAACUGCAGGAGCUCCUGCAGAACAAACUGAAGGAGAUGCCUUGCACUUUGGAAGAACAGAAGAAAAUAAUUAGGAACCUUGUGAACCUGGAGGCGAGCGGGGACCCAGCGUGGGACGCCAUCGUCACGCACUCCAACUUCAUCGUGGAGGGCUUGAAGGCUUGCAAGGACGAGCACAUGGCGGCUGAGAAGACAAGCAGCGAAGAUAGUGCCAAGUCGACGCCCCACUCGAACAAGUUCGGGGACAAGACCCCGGGGGGCGGCGUGGCCCAGGACUGGCAGAACUCGGUGCCCCAGAGGGUGCUGUUUGUGGAGGAGGUGUCGGAGAUCGUGACGAACCGCUUCCCGGACCUGUGGAAGCUGGGCCAGGCGUACUUCGGCGGGGAGCUGCAUGUCAAGGUCGACACCAGCAAGCAGGCCCAGUUCAAGCGGAAGGUGCUGACGCCCAUAGAUCUGCUCUGCGGGCUGCUGCGGGCGGCGAUCCUGCCCCACACGCUGGACCGCAUGUCGCCCCUGAGGCCCGGCUUGGGGGUGUGGCCGGCGCCAGGGGCGGACUCCCUGGGACCCUGGCUGCCCCACUGCCUGCGCUGCGUGCGCUCCACGUACGCCGGCCUCAUCCGCCUGGACCUGCCCGGCGAGGCCCUGGACAUCGUGGGCUGCCUCAUCUUCGACCUCAGGUUACAUUGUAUGAGUACACAGUUCAUUCAGGGUACAGAAUAUAUCAAGUUACUUCAUAAGAAAGAGACUUGGAUUAUUGAGUUUGAUGCUGAUUAUAGUGGAAUAACACAGCUGCCGUCGCAGUUGGAGGCCAAGGUGCGGGAGGUGGUGCGGCUGGUGAAGGAGUCGGUGCUGGCGGGGGAGCAGCGGGAGGCGGCCCUGCUGGAGGACGGCGGGGCCCAGCGCCAGCUCGCAGCCCUCGUGCAGGGCCUGCUGCUCAGCUUCGGCCAGGCGCUGGAGACGUUAGCAUUCAGCAAUAAUGCAUCACAUGAUGACCACUCGAAUGCAGUCUCGCAGCUGAUUGGUUCUCCAGCGGUCUACAGGGCUGGGGAGAAGGAGAGCCACUGCCCAGUGUGGGAGCAGCGCCUCCUCACCACGCUCAGCAACAGCCGCUACACGGCCGCCGCCGUGCUGCCGCGCGUGUCGGAGCUGUUCGUGCAGCACGGCUACCCCUCGCCGGCGGCGGCGGUGGCGGCGGCGACGAGCGCGCUCGCCUCGCUGGACCGCAGCAUCCUGGAGAUGUACCUGGAGCAGAAGAGCGACCCGCUGGUGGGCACCAUCGAGCCCUCCAUGUACCUGGGGCGCUUCGACUGGGACACCGCGCUCCGCCCCGUGGACGUCCAGCCCUACGCCAAGGAGAUCCUCACCAACAUGGUCGGGGUGCACGCCGAGGUGCACCGGGUGAACCCCAGUCUGGUGCCCCGGGUGCUGGGGCAGAUCGUGGAGAGUGUGGCGGAGGAGCUGUCCCGGCUCAUGUCCUGCGUCACCAGGUUCAGCCUGCAGGGCAGCCAGCAGGCCCGGGCUGACGUCCGGGCGGUGCAGGAGACGGCGCGCCUCUACACCACGCCCGCCGCCCAAACUUUCUUCACGGAAGCCCUUGAAGCCAUACCACCCCUCAACAACCCUGCUGAUGAAGAGCUGGUGUCGCAGCUGCUGGCCCGGUUCCGGGCGCGCAUGCGGCUGCAGCUGCUGUGCUUCGGGGACGCCCAGGGCCCCUGAGGGCAGCCCCGUGUCGCCCCGGCCGGAGCGCUGGAGUCCCCGGUGGGGCCCGGACCGCUCGCUGCAGACUCCUGAGUGUGUGCACCGCGAUGUUCCAUCCCAGUUCUCUCAGUCCCCCGACAGUUUCCCGAUAAGAUCUCACCUGCGCGAGGUCAAACUGUCUAUUUCUUCUCGUAUUCACUUGAUUUAUGUAUAAGGAGGCAGAUAGGGAACUAAAAGUGUUGAGAAUUCUAAAUAUGAUAGAUUAUAUUGGUAUGAAUGUAUUUAUACUUUAUAGACUUUUGUUUAUUGAACAUGUUUUAAAAUGUGUUUCAUAAUACAUAAUGUGCAUGUUAGUUGUGUCUUAAAUGACACCAAUAUUGUUCAUUCCAUUCAAAUACAUCAUGUAAUAUUCUAUAUUCUUGAAAAAUUCUAUGUAAUUUUUUUUUUAUGUAAAUAUCUGUAAAGUAAUAUAUACUAAUAUGUGUACAGUUAAUAAAAUGUGUAAUUGUAAACUUCUGGUUUCUGAUAAAAUAUAUUUUCUCUUGUAUUUAUGCUAUAGAAUUGGUUAUGUUUUCUAUUAUGUUAUUUUUUAAUUCAGUGUAUGUAAAAUAAAUUAUGAAUUUUUUUCCUCAUACUCAAAAGUUUGCAGUAUAUUAAAUUUUUGAAAUUAAUUUACCUGUAUACAGUUAUGGAAUAAAAGCUUCAAGGUGCAAGAAAGUCCUGUAGUCACACA